AUGAACGAAUAACCUUUCUUUAUUGGAAUGGAUGAUUUGGAUUUCUUAAAGAAUGAUGACAACAAAAAGUUUAACUGGGUAGAUUUUUCAAAUAGAGUGAUACCGUUUAUGACAGAUCUUGAAGCAAAAAAACUUGUUAGAUAAAACCUGAAAAGCUUUGAAAAGUCUAAAAUAUUAAACUCAAUUAGAGUUGAUUCAAGUUAACUCUUAAAGUCUGAGAAGAUGGAAUAAGAUGAAAAUAAUGAUAGUAGUAGACGAACUAAUGAAAGAAGAGGUCUUCUAGCCAGUCAUCUAUCUUCUAAAAACGGUGGUGACUCUAAGUUUCACAUUAAAGUAUAGAAAUAACAAAAAAUGAAAGAAAGAUUUAAUAUGAUGCAUCCUCCAUUAUAGAAAAAAGAUAUUGAAAAGAUUAAUAGAGCACAAAGAAAAUAUAGUUUAAGCAGCGAAAAAUUGAGUGGAGUGUUAUUAAAUAUGAGAAUUCUUAAAGUUUAAAGAGGACUUGAUCAAAGAAGAUAUACCAAGGCUGCCUCUAGACUUAAAGAUGAAGUGAAUCUAAUUAGAAAUGUUAAUGCAAUAUCGCUACUACAUAAAAAAAGCACUGCGAGGUUAAAUGUUGAGACAAAAAAUUAACAAAAUCCUUAAAAAAGAGGAUCGCUAAUGUUUGGAAACGGAACAGAACUUAAAUCCCCGAAUAUGGCAUCAAGGUUUAAUUAAAAAAAGAACCAGAAUAAUGUAAGGAGUCCUUCAACAUCCUCUGUAUCAGAAAAAUCAGUAUCUGAUUCAGAUCAGUAAGCUAAAAAUCUCAAAGUAGAUCCUCAGAAGAAAAAACCAAUUUCUUCUCUCAGGAAAAGUAUUAGGCAGAAGAGCAAUUCUUAAUACUCUGUUAUAAAGGCCCCUCCUAGCAGAUCUUACUCUUGCAUAUCUUCAAACUCAAAAGCAUCUCCAGCUAGUAAGAAUUAAAGCCCUACUAAAUAACAAUUCGAUGAUCAUCAAGAUAACAACUCUAGGAGAAUUAGAUUUGAUGAGAACUUCAAUCACGUUGUGAGCAUUAACGAACUGUACGAUGGAAGUAAAUUAGGUGUCAUAAGCAACCUCAAGAAGAAACUUCAGAGAACAUACACUGAUUAAAGGAAAGCGGUUCAAUAACAAUAGUCUUGGGAGAAUAUUGAUGUUGUCAUCCAAAAUACAUUAAUUCCACCAAAAAUGCAGGAGAUAACAAUGCACACAUACAAGUCUCAGAUAAUUCAUGAGCAGAAAAAAAUUGCUUAGAAAAUGAAGCUGUACGAGUCAUCUAAGAAAGACAAUUAACGUCCAGAAUUAAAGAUAAAGCUUUAAGAUCAACAGAAAAAUAUGGAAUAAACAAGCAAGUAGAAGAAAACUACAGAGAAAAAUAUGAAAAUUCUUAAGAGUGUGGAAAACAGAUUUGAAAUAAUUAAAUCUUUAUAGAAAACUAUUAAAAUGUCUAAGACCCCUUGCAUCUAAUCCAUGGCUUAAAGUGCGGUAGAUAUUUAUACGAAACAAGAUUCUAAAACUUAACUUGAAUAGCAUUAAAUGAUACAGAGGAAAAAUUCAAAGGAUAUUUCUGUUAUUCCAUGUCACUCUAGACAUUUAACUUAAAACUUUACUGGAAUAAAAACUUACAAGGAUCAGAUUUAACUUUAUAAUCAAAGUGUGAAGCAAUCUUCCUAAGGUUAGAGGCAUUAAUAUUAUGAUUCCUCUAAAUAAUUUGCUAGUAAUAUACAUUCUCCCCUAGCAAGGCUUGGUAGUGGAGCAGAUUCAAACACCAAGUUCGAACUAAACUUGAGAAUAUAGACUGCCUUAGAUAUGAGAAUAUAGACUGCCUUAGAUAACUUAGGAUCUCGUAAAAAAAGUAAAAAACGAAGAGUAAUAUCUGAGAUUCUCUCUAGUGAGAAAAUAAAAUAAAUUAAAACAUGA